GCAAUUUAGUCUUUGAACAGAUAUUGAGGCAGCAGCACGAUAAUUAAGAAGAAUAAAAUAACUAAAAUAUAAAGAAAAACUUUUCGUUCGUUUAAAUAAAUUUAAAUCUACUAUAUCAAAAAUGUUAUAAAAUAAGUUUUAAAUAAAAAAAAUACAAAAAAAAUUUCCAAGUUUGAAACGAACUUCAAGUAAAAUUUGAUUUAUUUUAUAUUAAAAUAAAUAGAAAUAAUUUUACAUAACAUUUGUUAAAAAAAACAAUUUAUUAAGUGAUCUGCUCAGUUUUUUAAACAAAAUUAUAUAAUUUUAUCAAAAAAAAUUUGAAAAGACAAUGGAUUCGGACAAAGUUGUACGCGCCAUGGCGCGUUGGUGGCAGACUGUCAGCCAAGAAGAUGGUGAUCCAAAUGCCCGCAAUCCCAUGCUGUAUGAUCCUCUGCAAGAUGGUGUGGUUAAGACUUCUAAGAAAAUGCAAUAUGUGGCUGCCUUGAUAGUAUGUCUUGGUUCUGUAGCAGCGGGUACAGCUCUAGCCUGGACCUCACCCGUACUACCACAAAUCAGUGCCCCUGAUCCGAACUCAAAUACAACCGUCAGCAACUCAACCGAUACUAAUGCAUCCCACUUACAAUUGACUUUAAGCCAACAGACCUGGGUUAGUUCCUUGCUGGCCAUAGGAGCCUUUUUGGGUGCUUUACCAACAAGUUAUAUUGCUGAUGCUAUUGGUAGACGUUACACUGCUUUGGUUAUGGAUAUUCCCUUUAUUGUCGCCUGGAUUUGUAUUAUUUUCGCCGAAUCUGCUAGCAUGUUAUAUUUUGCACGUUUUACUAUUGGUUUGGCUACUGGCAGUUUCUGUGUUGUUGCUCCCAUGUACAUUUCGGAAAUCGCUGAAGACAGUAUAAGAGGUACAUUGGGUACUCUUUUCCAGUUGUUGUUGAGUGUUGGCAUUCUUUUGGUGUAUGUGUUUGGUGCUAUUGUAUCCUGGACCACAUUGAGUGUGUUGUGUUUGAUGGUGCCAUUGGGUUUAUUUGUGGGCAUGCUUUUCUUGCCGGAGACCCCAACAUAUUUAUUGAAAAAGGGCCGCCGUGGUGAUGCCGCUUUAGCGCUUAAAUUUCUCUGGGGACGUUAUUGUGAUUCACGCUCAGCCAUUCAACAAAUACAAGCUGAACUGGAUCAGGCCGGUGGUAAUGCCUCAGUCAUGGAUCUCUAUCGUAUACCUGCUGCUCGUCGUGGUCUCAUCAUUUCUAUGCUGCUUAUGUUCUUCCAGCAGUUUUCGGGCGUUAACGCUGUCAUCUUUUAUACAGUGCCCAUUUUUCAGUCAGCCGGCAGUACUUUAGAUCCUUCAAUUUGCUCAAUAAUUGUGGGCUUGGUACAGGUCGUAAUGACUUUGGCUUCGUCGUUCUUAAUUGAAAGAGCCGGACGCAAGUCUUUGUUGCUUUUCAGUAGUACCAUUGUGACCAUUUGCUUGGUCAUUUUGGGUGCCUAUUUCAAUAUGAAAGAUAAUGGAAAAGAUGUUUCCUCAAUAGGCUGGCUGCCUCUACUCUCUGUGGUCUUGUUUAUGGUAACGUUUUCGGUGGGCUAUGGUCCGGUGCCCUGGCUAAUGAUGGGUGAACUUUUCUUGCCUGAUGUUAAGGCAACGGCUGUGGCUUUGACUGUCAUGUCCAAUUGGUUUUCGGUGUUUUGUGUGACAAAAACCUUUGGUUCCAUGAUAAACGCCUGGGGUUCUGAUAUGACAUUUUGGUUCUUUGCUGUUUGCAUGCUUGGUGCCACCAUCUAUGUGUACUCAAUGGUGUUGGAGACAAAAGGCAAAAGUUCAGCUCAAAUUCAAAUGUGGUUGGGUGGUGAUAAAUAAACUAUUGCAGAGAUUAUUUUAUUUUUAUUUUCAUUUUCAUUUUUUUAUGUUUUUCAAUUAGUUUGUAAUCAUUUUUAAUUAAUAAUUUUGUUGUAGUCUUUAGCUUAGAUACAUUUUUAAUUUGUAAAUAAAACAGCUUACCACCAAAAUACAACUAAAAUCGAUUAACCAAAAAUUUAGUUAGUAGAACCCCAACAAUUCGCAAAUAGUUUAGUUACAUUUAUACGUAAUAAAAGAUUAAGGAAGUUAACAAAAAUAAUUUAUUUAUAACUUCAUAAUGAUUGUAACAAAAUUGUAAAGUUUUUUUUCUAAAUUUGUCUUAAUAGUAAAAUAUUUACAUCAUAAAUUAGCUGUCUCUGUUCAAAUUUAUUUUAUUAUUUUAAUAUUGCAUUAUUAUUUUUUGUUGUUGUUAUUUUUAAGUUAUUUUUAGUUCAUAAUUUUGUCUAAAUACUUAUUAACGUAUGUUUAUUUUCGUUAUUUAUUAAUUUAUUCAAAAGAAACAAACUGUAAUGUGCAAAUAUUUACACUAUUUUUAAGUUUAAUUGUUUAGUGACAAAAAGUUAGAAUGAAAAAAAAAAUGAAUAAAAAACAAGUAAGAGUGCUAUAUUCGGCUAUGCCGAAUCUUAUAUACCCUUCACCUUUGUUGUGGAUGCAUUAUUAUUUUUUAUAAUUAGUAUAUAUGUAUGUACAUUGCCCACUUUCAGCGUACAGCAUCCUAAAUUUAUCAAGAACACAAAAAACAACAACAACGCCAAACGAAACAAAACACCAAAAGAAAAAACAAAAUACGCAAGGCAAUGAAACCAACACACAUCCAUCCAAACAUACGUUUAAUUGUAUAAAAAACAACAACAACGCCAAAAGAAACAAAAUACGCAAAGCCUGCACAUUCAAACAUACGAUUUGUUGAUUUUUUGUCAAAAAAACCAACACACAACCAAACUAAACUUUAGUUGUAUAAAAAACAACAACAACGCCAAAAGAAACAAAACACAAAAAAAAAACAAAAUACACAAAGCUUGCACAUCCAAGCAUACGUUUUGUUGUUUUUUUGUCAAAGCAUGCAAUACAUUGUGUUUUUUGAUGAAAUUUUCAGAGGUUGUCUCGGAUUUUUGCUCAUAUCUCCGUUAUUUAUGGACGGAUUUUGCUGAUUUUAAAUAGCAAAAUUCUCGAAAGUAUGUCUGACAGAAUUGUUGAAGAUUUGGAUCCCGGAGAUAUCUGGGGCCUUCAGAAAAUUGAUUUCAACAGACAGACAGACAGACGGACAGACAGACAGACAGACAGACAGACAGACAGACAGACAGACAGACAGACAGACAGACGGACAUGGCUUAAUCGACUCCGCUAUCUAUAAGGAUCCAGAAUAUAUAUACUUUAUAGGGUCGGAAAUGAAAAAUGUAGAAAUUACAAACGGAAUGACAAACUUAUAUAUACCCUUCUCACGAAGCUGAAGGGUAUAACAAUGUAAAAGUUAUUAAUUAUAAAUUUACUUAUUAUUAAUAUUAAUUCUGAUUUUGUAAAAAUAAAGAAAUUUGUAUUUUGGUUAAACCAAAUAACAAUAA